AUGGUCCAGAAGAAGAGGACGGUGCUCCUGGAGCUGACAUCGGCGGCUGAACGGUUUCCACCUGCGCUGGUGAACGCUCUUGCGCAGGGCGUCGGGCAGGUGAUCUUCAGUGAGGCCACUGAGGGAUCGUUUCCAGCGGCGGGAGACGACCUUCCCAAUGAACCAGCCGAGGUCGAGGACUCUGAGACGAAUCCUGGGGAGCUGAACUUCUGGACUCACCUUCCUUCGCUCGACUACGUCAGGAGCUUCAGACUCCAGGAAGACGAGUCGGAGCAGUGGACGUUGAGGCCGAAGGCCCAGGAGCCUGCCGCGGUAGCUGGCCCGAUCGGAGACGAUCAAGCGUCGACGGCGCGCCCAGUGACCAUCUCCGCCGAUAGUCGGUCUCAGAGCAUCGGGCUCCUGCUUUCCUUUUCCGACGCCAAGGAGUGGAAGGCAAUUCUCGACUCCGGAGCGGCGCGGAUUUCGAAGGCUGCCGAGGUCCAGUGGCUGUCCAUCCUGUGGAGGGACCUUGUGUUCAGCGACGGCCUGCUGCACCGCGCCGCGGCUGGCGAAACGGGUGAGAAGGGCAAGCAGGACGGCCUGCUGCACCGCGCCAUGGCGGCCGGCGAGGGCGUGCUGCACCGCACGGUUGCGUGGGCGCAGGACAAGCUGAGCAAGCGCCGGGAGAAGUUGGACGGAGAGGCGAUGGAGAGGUUACAGAGGGCGGAGGCUUCGCUGCGCGUCCGCCUCCACUGGCGCCCGCUGCGCGCCAGCCAGGUGUCUGGGGCCCCAGGCAGGGCCAGGGCGCACAACGAAGCCUUGAGCAUCGCACCCGCCCUGACCCAGUCCCACCCCCCGUGGGCCGGGCUGUGGCCCGGCGGCCCGGCCCCUCCCCUCGCCCUCUCCGUGCUCAAGCCGCCGGGGCUCGAGUCUGGGGGGCUCUCUGGACAAGCCCUGGGAGCGCGGCACGGCAAACGCAUGGUGGAGCUGCGCCUGGAGCCGCUGGAUGGUAUCAGCCUGCCGCAGGAGUGCUACGUGUCGGUGCGCGUGGGGGAGACGCAGAGGCUCUCCAAGCUGUCCGGGCCGCGCACGUUCCGCUUUCCGAGCGGCGCCGACGGAGGGGUCGGCAAGAUCGAAAUCUUCAGGCGGGUCGGUGCCUGCAACUUUGAGGUGAACCCAUCGACUGAUGCCGACCGCGAGGUGCGCAUCGGCUGCAGCGACAGCGUCGGCGAGCUCGGAGCCUUUGAAUUUGAGGGCAUACAAGGGGUGAGAGGAAUCAGAAAGAUGAAGGAGUACAAGGAGUACUUGAACACGCACGGAAUGAAUGUACUCUUGUCCGAGGCAUUAUCCCUGAUGCUGCGAGAGCGCCCAGACCAGCCUGUCGAUUUCUUGGUUGAGCGCCUGAAGCAGAGCAAGCCUUUCCCAGUGGUGGAGACGCCUGUGCCCGUACUUCACGUGGAGACGCCCGCGAUCGACGGGAAGACGGAGAAGGCCACCACGGAGGUCGCCCGCCCCCUCUCCUGGCCGAGGGAGGUGGCGAAGGCCGGUGGCCCCGCCGCCUGGAACCAGCGGCCGGAGCUGGCACCGCUGGCGGCCAUGCUCGACGGCAUGGCGGACGUCCGGACGGCGGACGACGCGCUCUCGAAGGUGAGGCCUCUGAUUCAGCUGGGCCACCACCUUUUGGCGCACAUGUGGAUGAAGGCGCUGCACGCGAUACUGAGGCAGCCGUCGCUGAUGCUGCCGGUGAUGUACACGCCCACGGUCGGGGAGGUGUGCCAGAAGUACGGGAUGCUGCCCUUCAGCGGGCGCGGCUGCUACCUGUCCGUCGCCGACCGCGGGCGCGCCAGGGAGGUCCUGGAGGAGUACGCGCGGGCAGAGCUGGAGAGGGACGCCGAGGGGAGGCCGGUCUGCGACUGCAUCGUGUUCUCCGACGGGGGCCGGAUCCUGGGCCUGGGCGACCUGGGCGCCUGGGGCAUGGGCAUCCCCGUGGGCAAGCUGGACCUCUACACCGUCUGCGGCGGCGUGAGCCCCCACCGCGUCAUCCCGCUCAUCAUCGACGCGGGGUGCGGGGACGCCUCCAAGAACACGGACAGGCUGGAGGUCCGCGAGCACCCGCUGUACACCGGCCUGAGGCAGGACCGCGCCAUGCAGAGGUCCGCGGCGGGCACGAUGGUCAACUCCUGCUACUACGGGCAGGGCAGCAUCAUCCGGGAGCUCUUCGAGGCGGCCACCGACCUCUUCGGAGACACCUGCCUGCUGCAGUUCGAGGACUUCAACUCCAACGACGCCUUCCCGCUCCUCGCCGAGUACCGGGAGAAGUACCUGACCUACAACGACGACAUCCAGGGCACCGCGGCGGUGGCCGUCGCCGGCAUCAUGGGGGCCAUCCGGCUCAGGAGCCCCGGCUGCGCUGACCUCAUCGGUGCUCUGAAGGAGGAGACGUUCCUCUUCUUCGGCGCGGGGUCCGCCAACAUCGGCGCCGCGAACCUGCUGCUCCAGGAGGGCGGGGUCGAGAAGCACCGAGUGCUGAUCUGCGGCUCCAGGGGCCUCAUCUGGGCGUCCGAGGACGGGUCCCAGGGCGUGUUCAAGAACGACGAGCAGAAGGCCUUGGCAUACAGGGGGGCGCCCCCGUUCCCAUGCGAGAGCCUCGUGGACGUGAUCCGGAGCGUGAAGCCCACAGUCCUGGUGGGUGCCGUCGGUGUCUCCCCGAACUGCUUCACCAAGGAGGUCGUCGAUGGGAUGAUGCAGAGCGUCGGGGACGGGGGGCGCCCCAUCAUCUUCGCCCUCUCGAACCCGAAGUCCCAGGCAGAGAUCACGGCGGAGAACUGCUACCGCUGGUCGGGCGGGGCCGCCAUCUUCGGUUCCGGCACCCACUUCGAUCCCGUCGAGGUUGGGGGGAAGAGGCAUUCGCCGGGCCAGGUCAACAACGUGUACAUCUUCCCUGGCAUGUCCUUCGGCGCCAUCUGCUGCCAAGCCAAGAGCAUCCCCGAGAGGCUCUUCCUGGUGGCCGCAGAGGCGGUGGCGAACAGCCUGAGCCGGGAGGACCUCGACGAGGGCCGAGUGAUCCCGCACAGGGACCAGGUGCAGCGCGUGAGCCUCCGCGUCGCCGCCGCGGUGGUGCUGGAGGCGCAGCGCCUGUCCCUGGCGCGUCGGAGGCUCGGCACGGACGCGGGUGCCGUGGAGGCCGCGCUGGAGGAGAGGAUGUGGAGGCCGGGUGGCCGCUCGCCAGGGGCCCAUGAAGCCGCCGCCGAGCCCCCCGCAGAGCCUGCGCUGCCCCGGGCCGGUGGCGUCAGCGCCCACCGCCCCCUCUCCUGGCCGAGGGAGGUGGCGAAGGCCGGUGGCCCCGCCGCCUGGAACCAGCGGCCGGAGCUGGCACCGCUGGCGGCCAUGCUCGACGGCAUGGCGGACGUCCGGACGGCGGACGACGCGCUCUCGAAGGUGAGGCCUCUGAUUCAGCUGGGCCACCACCUCUGGGCGCACAUGUGGAUGAAGGCGCUGCACGGCGAGCUCCGGAGGGGGGGUCGCGCAGACGCCGAGCAGGGCACUGCAACUGGGCGAAGGCUGGGUGACACGUUGGUCUAA